GGACCGCGGAUGGUACGUUCCGCACGUGAGCUGGGUGCUGGUCUGGCCGGCGACGCGCGUGCCCUGUGGCCAAACACUGCCCGGAGUGAGAGCAAACUACCAUCGCAGUGGGGCCGGCGCGAGUGUGUGUGUGCGUGUGUGCCAGAGAGCAAGCGACCGCGGGGGGGUGGGGGGACCAACUGCUUCACACUUUCGACACUGCACUGAAGAGGGAGAGCUAGAGAGAGAGAGACUGGAGACGCACCGAUCCCCCCCAAGAUCUCCCAAGGCUACCGUCCCACAGAUUAUAGAACAGAGACCCCAAAAUCGAAACAGAAGAAACAAACAGCGAUUGAACAUGGACGAAGGAAUUCCUCAUUUGCAAGAGAGACAGUUACUGGAACACAGAGAUUUUAUAGGACUGGACUAUUCUUCUUUGUAUAUGUGUAAACCCAAAAGGAGCAUGAAGCGAGACGACAGCAAGGAUACCUACAAAUUACCGCACAGAUUAAUAGAAAAGAAAAGAAGAGACCGAAUUAAUGAAUGCAUUGCUCAGCUGAAAGAUUUACUGCCUGAACAUCUCAAAUUAACAACACUAGGGCAUCUGGAGAAAGCGGUAGUCUUGGAAUUAACUUUGAAACACUUAAAAGCUUUAACAGCCUUAACCGAGCAACAGCAUCAGAAGAUAAUUGCUUUACAGAAUGGGGAGCGAUCUCUGAAAUCGCCCAUUCAGUCCGACUUGGAUGCGUUCCACUCGGGAUUUCAAACAUGCGCCAAAGAAGUCUUGCAAUACCUCUCCCGGUUUGAGAGCUGGACACCCAGGGAGCCGCGGUGUGUCCAGCUAAUCAACCACUUGCACGCCGUGGCCACCCAGUUUUUGCCCACCCCCCAGUUGUUGACUCAACAGGUCCCUUUGAGCAAAGGCACUGGCGCUCCCUCCGCCCCCGCCCCCACCGGGUCCACGGCCGCCCCCUGCCUGGAGCGCGCAGGGCAGAAGCUCGAGCCCCUCGCCCACUGCGUGCCGGUCAUCCAGCGGACUCAGCCCAGCGCCGAGCUCGCCGCGGAGAACGACACGGACACUGACAGCGGCUACGGCGGAGAGGCCGAGGCCCGGCCAGACCGCCAGAAGGGCAAAGCGCCCCCUCCCGAGAAGGCGGGCGCGGCUGCUGCCGCGACCCUCCUGUCGCACGAGGUGGCGCCCCCUGGGGCGUUGCAUCCCCCGCAUCCGCACGGCCGCACCCACCUGCCCUUCGCCGGCCCCCGCGAGCCGGGGAACCCGGAGAGCUCUGCUCAGGAAGAUCCCUCACAGCCAGGAAAGGAAGCCCCCUGAGUCCUUGAGCCCUUCCUUAGAAGGGAUGGAGGUUUAAGCGGAAUAAUAAUAAUACAAGUUAAAAUACCCUUAAUGUUUUUAAGGGAGGAAGCGUGAUAGAUGCAGGACAGGCUUAAGGGGGGGAAACAGGUGUUUUGUGUACAUUUGGAGUUCCUGUUUUGCUCAAUUCUCACCACCCCAUCCUCCGCACACUAAUACCCCCCCUGCCCCCCACAUACACCAGCUGUUAAAGAUCCUCGCGAUAGCUAUUGGUUCUUUUUUCUUUAGUUCCCUUGAUAAGUUUUGCCUCCUUUUAGGCCAUCUUCCAAUAUCUUUUAAAAUGUGGAACCUAAUUCUAGAGAAAGUAAGAAGGGUCUUCUCUGUGGGUGACCUCAUUGAACCAGGAAGGGGAGAAGGUGCCAAGUUCCUUGCCUGGAGUUGAUAGAGGACAGCGGGUAGUCUUUACAUAGAGCCUUGUUUCAGGGCUGCCCUGCUUGUUUUAGGAUGAGGUCCACAACACAUUGAGGAUCUUUUUAAGCUCGGCAUUUUGAAAGGCAUAUAUUUUUCAAAGAAGUGAGGAUACAGUUGCCCACACUGCGACCUAUUCUGAAGUGGUUAAAAUGGUAUCUUUUACUAACUUGCACUUGUUUUGAGAGACACAGAGUUGGGCCAUCGUCAGCACCAAGUCAGGGAAGAUGGAUGAAGAAGCCCAGAACCAUUCUUACCAUCUUGUGCUUGCACUUUAUUGAGAAAUUGACCAUGAAUCAGUUGGUUCAUCUUAAUUCUUAUCUCCCUUUCUCUCUCUCCCUCUUUCUCUCUCUCACACACACACAAAUAAAUAUAUGUUACAUAUGUUACAUAUAUGUUGCAUAUAUAUAUAUAUAUCUGAAGUGCAUCUAUUCUCAUUUAAUCCAUCUUGUUUCUAAAUUUCUGUAAUCUUACUGUAAAAAAAAAACAAAACAAAAAGUGCACUGAACUUAAAAAAGAAACAAGUCCAAACUGAUUUAUCCUGUAUUCUUGUUAGGUCAUAAAAGUGGAGGAAAGCUUGAAACUGGUCAGUUGUGGUUGGAAAUGCUGUAAAGAUGUGGAAAGAAGCCCUGUAAGGCCUUCCUAUCUCCAACUCUAUGUAUUUUCUGGAGACCAAACCAGAUACCAGAUAAUCACAAAGAAAGCUUUUUAAAUAAGGCUUAAACCAGGACCUUGUCUAGAUAUUUUUAGUUUGUUGCCAAGGUAGCACUGUGAGAAAUCUCACUUGAAUGUUAUGUAAGGGGUGAGACACAACAGUCUGACUGUGAGUGAAGAAAAUAUCUGGGUCUUUUAGUCAGUUUGGUGCAUUUGCUGCUGCUGUUGCUACUGUUUGCCUCAAACGCUGUGUUUAAACAACGUUAAACUCUUAGCCUACAAGGUGGCUUUUAUGUACAUAGUUGUUAAUACAUCCAAUUAAUGAUGUCUGACAUGCUAUUUUUGUAGGGAGAAAAUAUGUGCGAAUGAUAUUUUGAGUUAAAAUAUCUUUUGGGGAGGAUUUGCUGAAACAUUGCACUUUUGUUACAAUGCUUAUGCUUGGUACAAGCUUAUGCUGUCUUAAAUUAUUAAAAAAGCAAAUAAAUAAAUACUGUCUGCAAGAAACCAGCUGGUUUAGAAAAGUUUAGUAUAUGAAGAUAAACUAGAAAUUAUCUUUAUAUUCUAGUAUUUUCAGCACUCCAUAAAUUCUAUUACCUAAAUAUUGCCACACUAUUUUGUGACUUAAAAAUUCUUACUAAGGAAUAAAAACUUUCUAUAUGAUAUGAGAUUGUCUAAUAAUUAAAAAAAGACAUAAUGGAUGCACAGUUAGCUUUAAAGUAUUUGUAAGUAUAAACACAAAAGUCAUUAAGGUUCUCAGAUAUACAAUUUUUUUUUUUGUCAUUGGCCUGAUAUCACAUAUUUCCAAUCUCUUGCAAGCCUGCAGGCUCUGGCUGUGUCUACUUGCUUAUUCCAGUGUAUCCUAAUGAAAAGCUCAACAGAAAAACCUACCAAUAACUUGCAUGGUUUGUUUAUGUUCAACCCAAUUUGCUCAUGUUUUUAUAAUUGUCAAGAUUUUCACUUUCUGUCUGUGACAUCAGGCAGCCUCUUCUACGCAGUCUGGUGUUUUCCUCUUUUACUGGGGUCCUGAUUAAGUAUAUUACCACCUCGGGAUGCUUAAUUUCUCCAAGUAUUUUGAUUCAUUAACUUUUAUAAAAUAACUCUGUUAUGGAUGAAAUAAGUUCAUCAUGGAAUUCAAGAAACAAUUUCUAGACCUUUACCAUAUUUAUUAUCAAACAUGUGACUUGAUACAGAUGAAGUGAAGGAUUGUCAGUGUUUAAUUCCUGUAGUGUCCUCAAACUCCUAGAUUUGUGAAGAUAGUGAAAAUGAUAGCCUAAAUUUAUAAGACAUAGUGAAAGUGCUCCCUCUGCUGACAUUAUGGAAACUCAACUGCAAGUUACUGAUUAUGGGGCUGGAAGGAAUGGCUCAUCCAGUUCCCUGAAUUUUAUAAGAAAAUGAAGUCCAGAGCUAUUGGUAUCUUCCCAAGGUGACAUAGCUACCUACAGCCAGCACUAGAGGCCAGGCCUGCUGUGGUCCUCAGCCAGUGAACUACUUUCCACUGAAGCAUCUUGGUCCAGGUAAGAUGAAUUUGGGCAACAUUCCUGAAACUAAAUGAGUAAACCAUAGGAACAAAGGAAAUAAAAAAGAACCUUAGAAAGCUCUUUAAGAUUUUUGAGCAUUACUGAUUUAUUAAACUUUAGAAGGAUAGUUUCUCCAGAAUCAUGGAGAAAGCAGCAUUUUAAAUAUUUUGAACUACAUUUGAAUGCUAUUAUUACAGUAAUAUUAGUUUCAUAAUUUUCAAAAAAAGAUUCAAAGUAAAUCAGAAGUUAAUAAAAUGUUUUAGCAUUUGUUUAAUUUUUGUGUGAUAAAAUAGAAAAAUUUAGGAUUGGAUCAGACUUGAUAGAUCAGUUUAGUCCAAAUGCCUUGAUAGCAUCAGCAUAAUAAAAUUAGGACAGAAAUGCAAAUGCAAAGUAAUAUUGUCUGUUGCACUUAAGAAUAUAAUUUUUGUUCAUUCAUUAAUUUUAAUGGAUUGAAAUCUGAAUUAUAAUCCACUAAGGAGCAUUCUAUAUCUUCAGUGGUGAAAUUUCAGCUAAAUUGCUUUGUGGAUCAUGUGAAUUUCCAAUUUUAAGAAAAAUAUGAAUCUUGAGAAUUCCAAUGAAUUUUAAAUACAUAUAUUUUUCAACAGACGUUAUAGUGAAUUGAUAAAUGUCCUAUUUCCCAAAGAACUAAACUUAAGCACAUUUUAAAGGCACUAGCAACUAUUGCUAUGAAAACAUGACUGGAAUUUUAGUUCCUAUCAUUGUGAAACUACUUUUCAUUUAGUUCUCUGUAACUUACUAUAUAGGCUGUAACUUUGGUUAUUGCCUGUCACCUGGGAUUUGUUCAAAUCUUAUGUAGAAGGAGGCUCAGCUUGUUCUUGUCUGUAUCACAAGUCAAUUAUUGACUUCUCCAUGGGAGGUGAUUGCCAGUGGAGACCUUGCAAAGAUAUGGCUGGGCAAACAGACGAAAGCCUUUUACUUUAGAUAAAAACGAAUAGAGCUCUCAUGAAUGAAUUAAGACAAGUAUAAUGCCAAGAGCUGGCUGUACUAUUGUGAUAAAGGUAUUCUACUUCAGAGAGCAGUCUAAUACUUUAGGGUUUUUUUUAAUUCUGAAAUUUGGGACUUUCAGAUUAAUUUACUUAGGCCUACCCAUUGUUCUCACUAUGUUAUUUUAAAUAAGUUCAAAGUGGAUUUGCAGUGCAUGCUAAUGUCCCAGCUUUUCAGGGGAGAGUUUAAGUAGGGGAUUGACAUGGAAAAUUAUCACAUAUUUUCUGUGAUUAAAAUGGGAUUUACAUUAAAAAACAUGUGCAAUUCAUGUACUUUAAAAAUAUGCUAUUUUUAGGAAUUGUAUAUUUAUCUUAGAAUUUCUUGUACUUGUUCAAUGAAAAUUCCUCUCAAAUAUAAAACUAUGCUUUUUUUUUUUUACAAACUGAUACUUAAAAAUUCUAAAUUCAGUGAUAUCCCACAAAACAACAGUUUAAACAAACUGUGUUCAAGUGUCAAUGCCAUUUUCUUUUUUAAAAUCUUACUGGAAAACAUACUAAAAAGUUUUACACAUAUCCUCUUACAUGUUUUUGGAAAAAAUACCCUGAACAUAUUAAACCUUUCUCAAUUCAGAGUCGCCAUUAUAAAUAUCACUCUAUACUCUUGAAGAGUAUUUGCUCCUGUACUGAUUUUUAUUGGGUUCUUACAAACUGAAAACUUAUCGAAACUUAUCCAAAGUUUUCAGUUUCUUUAUUUACAAAGCCAGGCUGUCAGCUGUCACUUCUUGAUGGUCAGAGUGCUACCUCCAUCCCUUAUCUAAUUUGCUACCUCUGAUUUACUGUGGGCUAGGAGACCAUUUAAACAAAACCACAUCCAUCUGAAAUGUGUCUAAAAUUAGAAUAAAUAGAUUCUAACAGAGGACCUGAGGGGCUCUUCUAUACAUAAAUUGUGUGAGUUUGUAGACUCUUCUUUUUAUCAUUGUGUCCUUUAACUUCCAGAUUCUCAGCUAUGUUCCAUAUCAGACUCUUUAUUCAAAAGCUUCAAAUACUUCUUGUAUGUCUCUAUCAUUUUCUUACAUAAAAAUAAAAGCAACUUGCUAACGGUUUUAGUCCACAGCUAACAAUAAAUUUUCAUGUCAAAACAAA